AUGGCAAAUGGGGCAAGUGACUUAGAAUUUUCCUGUGAUUUUCUGCUCUGUCCGAACUUAACUAGUCCAAUGAUCUUGGGGUUGGACUUUAUCAUGGAGCAACAGCUAGUAUUAAAUUUUGAAACCGGAGAAAUUUCUCGACAGGGACAAGUCUUAGUCUGCGUAAAGACACCGCUAACUCUUGUGACCAGCGAAAGGACCGAUUCCGACGUCAGCACCGCCCCUUCCGAACCUGUUGAAACCGCAACAGCGACAGUGGAUACCGCCAUUGUUGGGGACGGUUUUGUUGAACGUGAAAUUAAAAAUUUCGCUGAGGUCCAAGGGAGAACAGAUAUGACUGUCCACGAAAUCCGUCUCACAAACCCGACUCCGAUAAAACAAUGGUACCGACCCCAAAAUCCGGCAAUGCAGCAGAUUAUCGAUGAGGAAGUUGACCGGAUGUUAACAGAAGACAUCAUCGAACCAUCCGAGAGCCCGUGGAGUUCUCCAAUUGUCCUAGCCGACAAAAAGGAUGGGAGAAAGAAGAGAUUCUGUAUCGAUUUCCGUAAGAUCAAUUCCGUAUCGCAAAAGGAUGCAUACCCGAUUCCACACAUUAAUGGGAUCUUAGACAAAUUACCCAAGGAUACUGCCGAAAAUUCCACCGGCGCCAGAACCGAUCAACCUGGCAGUCCCACUUUGGACUUUCCGGCCAGCGGGUAA